GGCAGGCAGCUCGGCGGCCCGGGCGCUGCACAGACGGCGGCAGGCGCGGGCCAGAGUCCGAGGCAGCGCGGCCUGGCCGCCUGGGCCGACAGAGACCCACGCCGCGCUCCCGUUCCCGCCGCAGCUCGCAAAGACGCCGAGGCGAGCGGCGGGCGCGCGCCACCAGCACCGGAGCAGCAGCGUCCCGCGGGCGGCGAGGCGCGCAGCGUCUCCGGCCCCACCUGUCGGCGCGGCCACCCUCAGCGUCGCCCCCGGCGUCCCCAACCAGCGCGGGCGGCUCGCGGCAGCGCUGGGCCCGGCCUCGUCCGGGCUGCGGCGGCGGCGGAGGCGCGCUCUCCCGGCUGGGCACUGAGGGAGGCCCGCACCGUCCCGGGCAAGGGGACCGGCCCGGCGGCUCCGGGCCGUGCAAGUUGGACUGCGGCGGACUCGGCAGGGCCGCUCGGGGCCCGGCGGCAGCGAUGGUGCUGCGGCUCUACGAACGGCGCGCAGCCCCGGCCCUGAAGCUGCCUCUGCGCGGCGGUGGCAGCGGCGGCGGAGCGGCCCCCUAAGCCCCCCGCCGGAGCGAGAGCGGGCAGCGGCGGCGGCGGAGCCCGAGAAGGCGGCGGCGGCGGCAGCGGCAACAGAGCAGUGGAGGAAGGCAACGCCGAUCUCUGGCGCGGGGCGACAGGAGACCAGAGCCGGGGCCGCGCCGGACCCCCAACCCGCCGGGCCGUUGCGCAAUCCGCGGCCGGUCUGGGCCCUGUUGGCGGCGCGGCUCCGGGGGCGGCGGCGGGGCUGAUUCAUGGGGCCGCGGCGGCCAGUCCCCCGCUCCCGGGCCCCCGGCGCCCCGCAGCGCGCGAUGGUGGCCGAGUGGCCGGAGCGGCGGCCGCCGCGGCCCGAGACUUUCUGCUAACCUCCCCGCCCCCGCCCGCCCCCUCCCCGGCGCCCUCCCCCGCGCCGUCCCCUCCCCCUGCCCAAAAGACACAGAUCGCCUCCCGGAGUGGCGCCUCCAGUCGCGGCGGAGCGCGGCGUUGGCGGCGGAUGGAGGGCGCGAUCGGGCGGCCAAAGCGGCUGCACCCAGCGGGGCGCUGAUGCGGCUCCUGGACCUUCGCUGCGCGACUUCGGGGGCGUCGGCCGAGUUGGCACUCCGCGAUGCAGCUCCUGAAGGCGCUCUGGGCACUCGCAGGGGCCGCGCUCUGCUGCUUCCUCGUCCUGGUGAUUCACGCGCAGUUCCUCAAAGAAGGUCAGCUGGCCGCUGGAACCUGUGAGAUUGUGACCCUAGACCGGGACAGCAGCCAGCCAAGGAGGACGAUCGCCCGGCAGACAGCACGCUGUGCAUGCAGAAAGGGGCAGAUAGCAGGCACCACGCGAGCCCGGCCUGCUUGUGUGGACGCUCGAAUUAUCAAGACAAAGCAGUGGUGUGACAUGCUUCCUUGCCUGGAGGGGGAAGGCUGUGACUUGUUAAUCAACCGAUCAGGCUGGACUUGCACACAGCCCGGAGGGCGGAUAAAGACCACCACGGUCUCCUGACAAUCGCAGCCCCUGCGGUGCCCCCUGGGUGUGGCUGUGGCUCCCUGGAGAUUCUACACCUCAGCCACUGUCCUCCAUCCUAUGUGGACACCGCCCAUUCUCCCCCAUCCACCCACUGUUUCCCAGAGGCCUAACAAAGACAGCCCAAUUCCUCGGAACUCUGAGCUCAAGUCUGUCCAGCUGAAGCCAGGAGGCCGGGACUCAGACACACAUGUCAAGGGUGGUGCCGGGAAUCAGCAAUACCUGUGUGGAGCCUGGCUGCAUUCAUCCUCACUAGCCGCUUGCUCCCUGGAGUUGGAGGACCAGAACAAGGAAACUGCGGCCGAGCCAGCUGUGCCACGACGACGCAAGUGCAAGGUCCGGGGACUGUCAGGUGCAGAAGCCACCACCUCCUCUGUCCCAGACUGUCUGAAUCGCUUUUAUUUUCUUAUACUUUCAGUAUACUCAAUAGACCAAAGAGCAAAUCUAUUUUAACGUGGACACAUCCCUGCUGCCAAGAGUUCCCCGGGUUUGAUUGUGGGGCGGGGGAGGGCACAGUGGCAGACAUGCUGGUGGCCCAGGCAGCAUGGAGAGGGCAUCCGAGGCUGAGACCCCCGCCCCACGAACACUGCAGCGUGCCCUAGGAGGAUGGCUUUGCCCAGAAGGACACCACCGUGGUGCACCUGCAGGACCCAGCAGGGGCGUGGCUGGCGACGGGCCCCAGCGGACAGCAAGGGCCCCGGACACAGACCCUUUGCCCCCGUGCUUAGACCAAGUCUGUCGUACUAAAAUCACUUUCUGUUUUAACCAGUUAGACAUGCCUCUUCCACAGCUCCAUUUUUGAUAGUUGGAUAAUCCACCAUUUGCCAAGAGCAUGCUGGGUCUCCUGUGACUGCUAUCUCAUCUGAUACACCAUUUAGCUCCAGAAAGCAAAUUAAAGAAAACUGAAGUAACCCUGUUUGAAAGAAAUCAUUAAAUGUAUUUUGCAAAAGCCUAAAGUUAUAUAUUUAACAGUUUUUAUAUGUUGUAUAUUUGUAGAAAAUCCUAUUUAACAUUUGACGGCAGGUCUGACUAUCCUGAGAGUUGUGGCCAGACCCCCUGUGAUCCUGGAGUCUCUGGGGUGGUCAUGGAGGACCUCAGAGCAGACAUGGAUGGGCAGAGCUGUGGGGGAGGUGCAGAGGACCCUGCUCAUUCUGGGAAGCUCUGUCUCUCUUUGCUUUGGUUUGGUCUGAUAGCUCACAUCCCCCUGUGAGUCUGUGUGUUGGUAAACAUUGCGUAUACAAUAUUUUGGUCAUGGAUUUUGGUCCCUCUCUUAACCCCCUUUUCCAUCCAUAGAUCUUGAGUCCAUGUACGGCCAACUUGCCCUUCCCAGAUGAAUAGCCCCCUUCGUUCUCAAAGGUCCUUGUUCUCCACAUUGAGAGGCAGAGACAGCAGGGAUGGAGGGGGUGGAGGAGCAGGGGAACAGAGUCACUGUCCUUGAUUUCCCUACACUGUGGGGUCAGACGCUAUCAGAUAAGGGACAGACACAGUCCCCAUUCAUUUUCCUGAGUUCUGCUAAAAGUAUACUACCUACACGUCCAAUUAACAUGACUUUCAUGCUAGUAAUAUACUACUAAAGAAAAACAUUUAAAAAAUGUAUUUAACUCCAGUAUAUAGAUGCCGUUCCAGCAACCAUAGGCUAAAGAUAGGAAAGAAAGUCCAUUUCUGUGAGACCCAUUCCAGUAUCCAUGUGUCCUCCCUUCACUCACGCAGAGGGAUUAGUAUCCUGGGCAGGGAGAUGAAGCUGGUGUGAGGGGUUCUCGUCAGAGGAGGUGGUCAAGCAAGGCCACUGUCCCCGAAGUGUCAAGCUCCAGUGGCCUGUGUUGCAGGGGUUCAGCAGGGCAGAAGGUCAGCAGGGCAGGAGGUCAACAGGGCAGGAGGUCUCAUUUCACCACUGAACCUCAGCAUCCGCACCACCUCCCCUUGACUGUUUCUUUUGAAAGCUAGCAUAAAGACCUCCGAGGACAGAGACCAGGAGAUUUCAGAUGUUACAGCAUAUUUCCCCCUUGUUUUACAGUAUCCAAUUUUGUGUUGAUUCAGCUAAAU